AAAUGGCUGGUUUUAAGGCUGGAGAGGCUCCUUCCCCAAGUCCCAGUGGCUGCCCGGUUCUGCACCAAGAGGCUUUUUUCCGUGGGUCCUUCUGCCUGGCUUUGCCAAUCCCGAGCCAGGUAUUUCUGUGGCUGAAUUUACUCCACAAAAGAUAAGAGCGCUUCCGCAGUGCAAGCCUUCUUGGUGGCUCUCAGGGACUCGGGAACUAUAACCAUGAUAAAACUUUGUCCUUCAAGUUAAUAUUUAUGACCUUUGGAAAACAGUGGGUAGCUGUGCCUGAGCACCGUUGCCUUGCUCUGCUCGAAUCUGAUUUCAUUUGAGGGCAGCAUAAGGCCUUUCCUGUAAAACUACCGUACUUUCCCCGGCACAAUGAGAGAGGAGGAAGCUCAGCUUUGACGUAAACCUGUGGCUGAACCACAAGUCAUUUGCCUGGCGGGGUUCAAAGCGAAUUGUAGUGGCGGGAUGUGGCAGUGGGGAGAGCCCCCAUUGUGCCUGCGAGUCAGUGGCACAGGGUUGGUGAGGCAGCGGUGGCUCCUGCUCUGGCUUCGUCCCGCUGCUUUUGCUGGUGGACAUGGGCUGCGAGGAUGUAGGUUGGCAAGGCGCAAGAUUUGGACACAGAACCAUACAAAGAAUUUGUUCGUCCUGCCCAAAACGAUGUUUAACGGGACCCGGAUCAUCCUGAAAUUUCUGCACGACAGCUGCAGCCGCCCGGAGCUCCUGAACGUGACCUGGUACCUGCGCAGCUCCCGCUGUCACAAUGAGGUCUACAUAAACGAAAAUGACGCCCUGGCUUACCUGAAAAACUGGGACAGCGAGGCCACCUCGGCCGGGGGCGGCCUGUACGUCUUGUACGACGGCUACGCUCGGUGCGGCCACCUCCACGAGCUGCAGAUCUCAAAACUCCCAACUCCCCGGAGGCUGACGCCUUUGCAGGAGCAGCACGUGCCCAGUUCGCAGACGCAGCCGCGUGCGAAGCGGGACGUCGCCAGGCCUCCAGAUGCCCAGAAGGGAGAGAAGGGAGAGGGAGCAGGGCCCAGCCAAGAGACCAAAGGGGCGCAGAAGCCCAAGGGCUCCCCGGUGGAGGAGCCGCAUCCCCCGGCUGGCGGGAAGGCAGAAGAUGCCGGCAUGGCAAAAGUGAAGACCGCAAACAAGCUGUCCACGGUGGCAGAAACCUGGGACGACGGGCCGUACGUCUUCAUCCUCAGCAUCAAGUCCCUCUCUCCCAGCUGGGAGGUCUCCAUCGACAUCCAGAUGGCGCAUCCGGUGCACCAGUACAUCUCUGCCUCGGAGUGGCCCCUGAUGGUGUUCUAUAUGGUGAUGUGCGUCGUGUACGUGCUGUACGGGGCGCUGUGGCUGGCCCUGCUGGCCUGCUACUGGCGCGACAUCCUGCGCAUCCAGUUCUGGAUCGGCGGCGUCAUCCUGCUGGGCAUGCUGGAGAAGGCGGUCUUCUACGCCGAGUUCCAGAGCAUCCAGAGCCAGGGCGUGUCAGUCCAAGGGGCCGUGAUCUUCGCGGAGGUCCUGUGCGCGGUGAAGCGCAUGCUGGCCCGAGUGCUCGUCAUCAUCGCCAGCUUGGGAUACGGCAUCAUCAAGCCGCGGCUGGGCGCGCUCUUGAACCGCGUCGUGGGAGUCGGGCUGAUGUACCUGGUCUUCUCGGUCAUCGAGGCGGUGCUGAGGGUGACGUCGGAUCCAAGUAACGCCGCCCCCCUGUACUGCGAAUUUUUUCUGGCUUUUGUGGACUCCUGCAUUGUCUGGUGGAUCCUCGUGAGCUUGGUGCAAACCAUGAAGCUGCUGAAGCUGCGUCGAAACGUGGUGAAGCUUUCGCUCUUCCGCCACUUCACCAACACCCUCAUCUUCGCCGUCAUUGCGUCGGUUAUCUUCAUCAUCUGGACCACAAAGACGUUCCGGCUUGCCACGUGCCAGUCGGACUGGCGGGAACUCUGGAUUGACGACGCCUUCUGGAGGUUCCUCUUCUCCAUCAUCCUGCUUGUGAUCAUGUUCCUCUGGAGACCCUCCGCCAACAACCAAAGAUACGCCUUCGUGCCCUUAGUGGACGAAGGCAGCGAGCAGGAGGACGAGGAUGCGGAGCACCUGGUCAGCGAGGCCUUCGGGAUGAAGAUGAGAGGUGGGAAACCUGAAAUCAACGGGACUCUCAAGGGCGCCAGAGUGGAUGAAGACUUGAAAUGGGUCGAAGAAAACAUUCCGUCUUCCAUGGCAGACGUGGUGCUGCCCCCUUUGCUGGACUCCGAUGAGGAAAUCUUGACCACACAAUUUGAAAUGUCCAAGAUGGAGUAGGUGCCAGCCUCUGGCCAUCGCUCAGCUCCACUCUCUUCCAGACGGGUUUUGUAUGGAUGAAGAGCUGCCGACGCUGUGUGGAUUUUUUGUUUUGUUUUUCUUUCACACAUGCACAUAUAUAUACAUAUACAUAUAUAUAUAUAUAUAUUUGUAUAUGGUCAAAAGAUUAUUUUAUUACCUUUUGCGUGUCUGACUGGGACUUCGCCAGGCAAGGACAGCUGCCCGCCCCACCCGUGGGGGCUGGUCUUUGCCGGGACCGCCUGCCGAGGACGAGGACGGUGGAAUCGGCCCGCCCGUUUCUCCCGCAUCGUCUCCGGAGCACGACUUCCCGACGGGGGAACGCAUGCACCCGUAUCCGCGGCUGCCGGCCCUUAGGUAUUUCUGCGGGUGACUCAAGCGCUCUCUGGGAUCUGGCCUCUGCUGGGGAGGCACCAAGUCCAACGUGAAAGGAAGAGGAGGGCAGUCGGGCUGUGCCCCCCACCCCGGGGUCAAGCGCACAUCGCCGCCUGGGUGCUGAACGGGGGGCAGCGAAUGCCUCCGGCCGCGUGUGGCUGCCGUGUUGCACUUUCGGUACGAGAAGGCCGGGGGUCUGGAUGUGAAGGAGCGUUGCCUCAAGGGCGGCAAGGCUGGGCCACGCGGAACGGGACCUGCCCUUGCGUGCGCGGGGCGGCGGCGGCUCAACGCUGGCCAGCCCAGGAGGAGAGCCCGGGGCUCGUGGCCGGCGCUCCGCUCCCUUGCUCGGGGCUCGCAUGUGACGGGCAGCCCGCGUCGCAACAGCCUGCGGCUCAGGGCGCCUGGGUUCACACAGCCGUGGCAGGAAAGCGGCCGCUGCGGGUUGUCUGCCCGCCGUGUGCUGCUGGAUGACCCGAGCUGCCCUCCCCCGGGGGCUGUUUGUGGCAUCGUCUGACCCAGCCAAGGUGCGGGGCGGGAGAGUUGACAAACCAGUCCAGGCCUUGUGGCUCGUUCUCAGGUUGCGAGGGGGUCUGUGAACUGCUCCCGCCCCACUUACACCCCCGAGGUCAGCUGCGGGGGGGGGGGGGGUCUCUGCCCGAAUGGGCAAAUUCCCCUGUAGGCCAAGAGGCCGUUGCGCGUGAGCCAAGUCAGAGGAGGGGGCCUGUCCUUUUGGGGGCACCCUGCCGCUGCCCUUCCCCAGCCUGGAGCUCUGCAGCGGUUUCGGGCUGCAGGUCCCGUAGAUUGUCCACCCACCUGGCAGGUGGGCCUUGUCCGCAGCUCUUCUCCGUGGGUCCGCCCAGGCCUGGCCGUGGCACUAGCGAUGCCCUUCCCCUCCCCGCUUGCUCUUUGGGGGUGAGGCGAGACGGAACCCUGCUUUCCCUUGCUCGGCGGCCCUUCACCCCAUGGCUACGUUCUCUCCCCACUGAGAGAUCCUUCCAGAGCUGGAAUAGGGAAGUCCUGGUUCUGUGCUAAUCGAGGCUCCCUCAGCAUUAUUUUCUUAACCCCCCCCCCCCCGGUGCUGCAGCCAGGCGUCCCGUGCCGGGCCGGGCGCCCUGCCAGCGGCGGCCUUUCCCUCUUCUCCGCUGGGAUGGCUCAGAUCAGCCCUCCGGCUCUGGGGCUCCCCAGGUGUGUUGGACCACAGUUCUGAUCACACGGCUGGGGCUCAUGGGAGUUGCAGUCCUGCAUCUCUGAAGGGCACCAGGUUGUUGGAACCAGACUUGGCUGAGUGGGGAGGUGAGGAAAGCUGGGAAUGGGUUCAAAUAACCUUUAUUUAUUUUGGAAUUGUACAUAAGUCUUUGGAGAGGGAAAGCCGUGUGUGUUUUAUGCAGUAAUAUUUUAAAAAAAAAUCACACUCCCUAA